GAACGGGGCGGGACAGAACGGCGUCGGGGGCCGGGCCGGGCCGGGCUUUUCCCUCCGCUCCUCGGGGCCAGGGUCACCGUCCCGCCCCGCUUCGCUCCCCCCGGCCGGAGCGGCGGCCCCUUCCUGAAGCACUAAGCUUGCUUUCUGCAGCUCUGUGAAGGUGUUACCUCAGCCUUGUGAGGAGUAGAAGCUGUACGAUAGCAGAUACCUGUUUGCAGACAACUUUAAAGUUGUUUUAUUUGCUAUCUUGCUGCACCAUGGCUGUGCCUGCGGGUGGAAAGCGGCAGGCGGAACUGAGCCAGAGCCACAGUAGCUCUGGUUUAGGCUGUUCAGAAGGUACCUUUGAGCCCUUCAGCAAGGAAGAAGAACUCUGCUGGCAGUGAGAGAGCGAGCCAGCUGAAUCCUGUUGUUCCACAGAGGAUUUAGAGUGGUCUGCUGGGUCAGACGCGUUGGAAAGCAUGGCCUGUUUGGCAGGCCAGAAUCCUGCAGAAAGGAGCGAAUUAUGGGAUGGAGAGCUGGAUGCUCUCGGGUCUUUCUGCACCGUGAGGAUUAGUGGGCUGCGUUGGCAGCUGCUCUCUGAGCGGGCACGUGGUGCCAAGUCAAGAAAGCCCCACCAUGGAUUCAUGGCACAGAAACCGGAGACGAGUGAUCGGAACCGCGUCGUUCCUCAUCGGCUCAUUAACAGAAUCCGCCUGAAAAACAUCAGAGAGACUGUUAAACAGGUGACAGAAGCUCAAAUGCAUGAAUCGUCCGUGUGCCCUGACUGUCAGAAGAAGGAAGCAGAGUUAGCCAAGAUCACCUUUCUCAGACGAACGAAGAUUCUAAUGGAAAGUGGUUUAAUCCAAGAGAAAUUGGAAGAACAGGUUUACUCCAGCGAUGUGCUCACACGUAUUGGAGAAGCGCUCGGAAGCUUUCCCAAACCAUCAGAGGAUCCCAGGAACUUAUGGCAAAGGCUGAAAGAGUGCUUGACGGGCUGUUCAGACUCUGGUUUUCACUUCCCACCAAUCAAUGGAAAACUGAAAAGCAAUGCCAGGCUAUAGAGGUAGGUAGACCCGCCUGUGUUAGCAAAUAUCUGCUUUUUGGUGCUUAAAAACCCUACCUUGAAUGAUUUCACUGGGAAUUGAUCCCGAGUAGGUGAAGCCCCAACUGAAAACGCAGUGCAGCCCUGAGUUGUUCCAAGCUGGUUGUCCUUGCUGUGUCGGCGGCGCUUUGUUCUGGUUCCUUGUAAACAGCAAGUUUACUAUUCCGUCAAAAAUAUUCCCCUAAGCUUGGCUUUAACUUUGGAAUUGUCACUGCAGAUCACAUAGCUUCAUAUAUAAUGAAUAAACUGCUGCUUCUUUCUUCCCAUUACUCUAUAAUCCCUGAAAUCUCCCACCCUCCAAUCUCAGAAACCUUUUCUUUUUAGAUGCUCCGUCUCUGUUCCUUAUUUCCUUUGGACUAUGUUCCCUCUCUCACUCCAGCCUUUCGAGGUGUCUAACAACCUGCUUGAAACUAGGCAAAGGGUGCUCAUUAUUCCAUGUGAAGUCUGGUAAGGGCUGUUGGAUCCAGAAAUGGUGACCAGGAACUGAAUCAUUUGAAAAAUGUCAUUUUGUUGUUACUGCCAACGAACAGGGCUUUCAGGCCUUACAGAAACCACAGCAAGUGAGUUCCAGGGCUCUACAUAUGCAUUGCUUAUUUCUCUAAGUAAAAGAAGACAUUUUGAUAUUUUUCCUUCCAGUCCAUAGAUGCUUUCUAGAAACACUGAAAUGUGUCUCUGCAACUCUUGUCAAACCUUUAGGUAAAUACAGCGAGCGAUGAGCUAUUUGGGUCAGGCAUCUGACAGCAUUUGUCUGUGAAGCACCGUAGGUACUCGUGCAGCAGAGUGGCUGAGCACUUCUUGUUUGUUUGCAUAAAUGUUACAAAGACAAUUCAGAUCACUCCUCUGAAAAAUCAAAGCACACUUUGCUGACUUCUGUUGUGUGUGUUCCCCUGCCGCUCACUCUGGUUCUGUCGGUUUUUUUUAUCAAGAGUGACUCUGAGAUCUGAGUGUUUUCUUGUAGCAGCUAUUAGGGAUGUACAACAGAACAAAUGAUUCCAGUCUCUAAAUAAUUUAUUUCAUAAUCCUGCCGUGUUUGAGACUAGAGAUCCAAAAACUCUGACAAGGAGGGGGGUGGAAAUAAAAGUGGAUCAUGUCUCUUCCUUUUUCCCCCCGUCACAGGAGCUUUCCCCCCUUCCUCAGCAGUAGAUUUUUCUUUUGAUCCCAGGAAAUACUCUAAAACUAUGAUCAAGAAAUAUUUAUUCACGUGCUCUCAUGUUUGUGCCUGCUGGGUGUGAAAGGAGUGGGGUGGAUGAAGGGUGAUUGAGGUGGCAGUGGCUGGAGCUCUGAAAUAAAUCACCCUCCCUGAGAAAAGUGCUUUGGAGCUUUCCCUUUCUACCUUUCAUGCUACACGUGGCUGCAUUAUUUAAUCCUCUGGAUGCUUUGUGAUGUAGGAGAGCUCAUGGCUUUGAACUUUGUGCAAGUACAGAAGGGUUUUUCUUAUAUACGUUGUUUUCUAUGAUGUGUCUGCUGAUAACCAGCUGUGUGAUGUUACACUUUGUAACUGACCCUUUGGAUAAACUGACAUUCCUCAAAUUAUCAUUAAAAUCAGUUUCCUGUGACAGCAA